UUAGGCGCCAUUAGGGUGUAAUCCAAUCAGAGGGAACUGGUGAGGGCACGUCAUUGGAGACAAGUCUCGGCUGUAGCGCUUAAAUAGCACGCGCUUGGUAUUCAUCUUUACAUUCGUCCCUUCCAACGAAGCUCAACAAUGGCAAGAACCAAGCAAACUGCCCGCAAGUCCACCGGUGGCAAGGCCCCGAGGAAGCAGCUCGCCACCAAGGCAGCGCGUAAAAGCGCACCGGCUACCGGCGGCGUGAAGAAGCCUCACCGUUACAGGCCAGGAACAGUGGCUCUGAGAGAGAUCCGUCGCUACCAGAAAUCCACUGAGCUGCUGAUCCGCAAGCUGCCCUUCCAGCGUCUGGUCAGGGAAAUCGCUCAGGAUUUCAAGACCGACCUGCGCUUCCAGAGCUCUGCUGUCAUGGCUCUGCAGGAGGCUAGCGAGGCUUACCUGGUUGGUCUGUUCGAGGACACCAACCUGUGCGCCAUCCACGCCAAGAGAGUGACCAUCAUGCCCAAGGACAUCCAGCUGGCUCGUCGUAUCCGCGGAGAGCGUGCUUAAGUCUUUCCCCUGAAACCAACAACGGCUCUUUUAAGAGCCACCCACACCUUCCUAUGAAAGCAUUGUUUCUACCCAGCCAGUCGCAGU